GAAACUUCGAGAGGAACACGACAAGAGGAUCGUCGCAGCUUACUAGCGGUUUAGCGAGUCCCGGAGCUUUUCAUAUCCUGAAACUCGGUAGGUUGUGAUGAAGUAAGAUUUUUGUCCUUAAGAUUAUCUUACGCUAAAAGUAGAAUAUAUAGGCAGCUAAGCUGCAACAAAAACUGUAUUAGGUAAACGUUGUUUAGAACAAAGUUAUGCUUUAAUUUGCAUGAGCAGUAUCAACAUUUUUUUGCAAAAUCGGAGACAAUAGGGCCAUUUAUACGAGAAAAAAGGAGACGCGUCUUAAAUAAGACGCGAACUUUCCGUAUAAACGGCACAUUUCGUCUAAAAUAAGACGCGGCUUAGCUAAGACGCGUCUUAUUAGAUAAGACAUGCUCAUAUAAAUGGUACAGUUCGCGUCUUAUUUAAGACGCGUCUUAUGUAAGACGCGUCUUAUUUUUCCUCGUAUAAAUGGCCCCAAUGUUCCUUAAUUUUGGACACGAUCAGGAUACCAGCCAGUUCUGAAUUUAAGGCUUGACCCAAAUGAGAAAAAGAAAGUAUGUUUUUAUGAUAUACUGAGCUCAGUUAUUUCAACAACAUCUUUUCUUUUCCCUCGAAAGUCACUCAAUGUUGAAAUCGUUGCAUAUCAGUGUGGGAUUCUCAUAUUCACCUUACAGGUUCUUAAUUUCUUUUUAUUCAAUGUUUUCUUUUGUUUAUAAACAACAUAUCCACCUUUAAAUAUUUCCCACCGAAAGAGAAUACAACGACAAAAGUUCAAAAUACUGUUUAACCUUUGAUUAAAAUAAUUUGAAUGUUUAUUUUCGUUUUAUUUUUCUUCUUGACGCGCUGUUGAGGCGUUUUGGAGCAAGUUACGUCGCUGGACAGACUGGCAAACACACAAGCAGCUAAAGUUAAAAAAAAGCUGUCUAGUGCUUGGGCUUUUUUUCUCUACUAGCUUGCUUUGUAUGUUUUUUGUUGUUGCUGUUGCUUUGUUUGGCUAUUUUUUUCACGUAUAUAAUGAAUGAACAGGAAGUCUAAUAUUUGAUAUUUUACAGAUGAGGGUAAGCCGGGAAUUUUCUUUCUCUGUUUCAUGUUACUUAUUGCCUUUUUUUGUCGGAGGUUAUUCUUGGGGUUUUCCCCUCUGUUUCCCUUUUCCUAGCAAAACUACUCACUCUAAAAUUAUACCUUAAUUUUCUUUGCCUUCUUCGUUUUAGCUUUUUUUAUGACUACCAUGUCUGACCGUGUCACACUGUGUCUACCAACAAGCAACAUACAAACACGCUCUGUUCGAAGCCAAUCAUUUAACCCCCCUCCCACGCUUGGAUGUCACCGCUCAAGAAGGACACUUAGUCUUCCCGCCCGAGAGAAGCCGAUCAUUCCUCCGGCGAUCACAGAAAGUUCCGAAUGCGCUCCGUUGGUUCACGACCAGUAUUCCGAGGAAAUGCAGAGGCAUUUACAAGGAGAAGGUUGCGAUAUUGGUAAUGUUAUGCUCUAGUCCAUGUUCCCAGUGGCACCCAACGAGAAUAUUGUUCAAAACCACUUAAACAUAGCAUUGUUGAACGUAUUUAAGUAUUUAAACGAUAGAUAUAGGCAUACUUUUAUUCCCUUAAAAUUUUUUCAUCUGUUCGGAUUUCCUAGCUGAAAGUCUAGUGAUCCGAAAACUAUAGGAUCAAAACUUACCUUUUCGAAAAUUUCGGCCAGAAAAAAGGCUCCCUAAACUUCUAGGUGACCUUUUUAGGGAAAAAAAUCCGUUAAAAAUGAGCAAUUAUACCAUUUUUAGAAGGUUCGAGAAUCCUAGGAGAGGCAGGUAAGCAAAAAAUUUAACAACAAAUGUUCCGAAAAUUCUAGAUCUCAAAUCACGCUUUCCGAACAGAUAUUUUCCAAAACUUGUCGUUGGGUGCCCCUGAUGUUCCCUCUCCUCGCUCCAUUUUUUACCAGAUAUACACCUCCCUUCUUUCCCUGGACUAUCUACUUUCCCUGAUCUAUAUCAGCCUUAUAACGAGACUUUUUAUUGUCAGUGUCCUAAUUAAAAUAACCGGCGCUCAGGGCUUUAGGGGCUAGUCACGAGUAUAUUGCUGUUUUAGGUCAAUUCUGUGCUGAAAUCACUACUUACUGAGUUUACCUAGACAGAAAAGCUCCUGUAUGUAACGUUAUGAAUAAGAUAUUAACAAAUGUCAUUAGCUCUAACCAUCCUUUCCAUCCUUGUCAUCCUUUGCAAAAAAAAGUAAAAAAGUUCCAAUCAAACUGGUCCAUUAUUUUUGGAAUUCAAUUGAUGGGAAAAAAAGUUUGAAUUUUUAAGGAAGGUCGCAAAUAGCGUGACGUAGACUGUUUUGUAACAUUUCAUAUUACAUAAGCCCCUGCAGUAUUGUGUAGCAAUGCAUUGUUUCUUCUAAGCCUAAUCAGCGUGCAUUGUAAAAUAGCAUUGUUUGUAUGCCCAUGGGCUAAGUGUUCUUAGCAUAUACUGCUCGAGUAUGGCAUAAUGUAUCCAUUCGGAGUGUACACGUCAAGUGCAAGUCGUGUAGCUUAGUCGGUAGAACGCAAGGCUGCAGACUGCGGUAGGUCGUGGAUUAGUUCUCCAGACUGGAAGUGAACUCAGAAGAAAAGAAGGUGCUGUACCACUAAUUCUAUGCAAACAUCUGUCUUCGCGUGGCUCGCGUGACUAAGUAGAUAUAGCGGUCCCGUCUGUAGUAAGAAACUAAAAAACCAAUGUUUUUGAUUAAUAUAGUCGUGUUAGACCCUGUUUACAUGGAGUGUGGGACCCAGGUUUAAUGGGGUAGGUUUCUUUUGUUUUGUGUCCCCCAGAGCGUGAAAACAAAAGAAACCAACCCUACUAGACCGGGGUCCCCCACUCUAUGUAAACAGGCCCUUAAUUACAAGUAGGUUUUAUUUCCACUUUUUCUUCCAGGUUGGUUCGCCCCUAUACUCGGCUUGCUGUUGAGCCUAUUGCUGUUUGCUUGGGCGUGUCUACUCUCACUCACCGAGGAAGAACAAAAAGCCUUAUUCACAUAAAAAUGCAAAAAAAAGUGCUUUGGUACUGAAGAGAUUACACCUUUGAACAAAAUAAAGGCUAAAUUCAAAAAGAACCUCAGGACCAGGAGAGGAAA